AUGGCGCUGCAGACACCCGGACGAAGAAACUUGGGAUCCAGUCUGGCCCGUCCAUCAUUUGGCACGGCCAGCUCCCCCUCCCUGCGUCACUCCACCACGCAGGAUGUCAACCGCAAGGCCAGCUUGCAGGCAUUGACCAGUCCACAACCACCAGCACCCCACCAACAGCAGCAGCGCACCCCGACAAGCAUGAUGGGAAGCGCCUCGAAUGAUUUGGAGGUGGGCGAUGCCGUGACCGUGCCUGGCGACAUGUACGGAUUGGUGCGCUUUGUGGGCAGCGUCAAGGGCAAGGCGGGCAAGUUUGUCGGCGUGGAGCUCGAUCGCCAAUUCGCUGCUCGUGGCAAGAACGACGGCGAUGUCGAUGGAGUCCACUACUUUCGCACCCAAAUCCCCGGCGCCGGUAUUUUCCUGCCCAUUCACCGGGCGGAGAAGCGCAGUUCUCGAGGCAUACACGACGAAGAUGGUGCUCCUCUCACCCCCAAUACUCCUGGCUCCAUCACCAGCGGAUAUGGAGGAGGCACCUCCAACUUCAACCAGAAAUUCUCGCAGACCGUCGGACAUGGCGCAUACCGACCCACCAGCCCCUACCUCAAAGCCAAGCGACCCUCCCUUCCCCGUCCCGAGUCUCCGCUGCGCCGUCCGCCCCCCAAUCCGACUCCCACUCCCGGCCGACAGUUCUCCGCCAGUGUACGCGGCGCUACCCGUCCCGCCCUCCCCUCGACCACGCCCAGCAAGAACAACGUCAACAUGCGCGCUUCCGUCGCCGGCUCGAGACCGUCCACCGCUCACAGCCAAACACCACGACCUUACUCCCGCACCGGCUCGCGCAUGGGAAGUCGCGAGGAAUCGGGGACCGCCAAGACGACCACCUCGAGUCGCAACCAAUCCAAUGGUUCCGUCAAAUCCUUCUCCCAACCCUUGCGACCCCAAUCCCGUCUGGAGGGUGCCAACGGGCAAGAAGAUGAGAUUCAAAGGUUGCGGAUGGAGCUGGCCGAACGGGACAAGAGACUGGCCGAACAAGCUGCGAAUCUCGCGGACAUGGACGCUAGUGUGAAGGAGUUGUCCGGUCUGCUCCCUCCAGAAGGAAUACCCCAGGACGGCAGGAGGCCUUCAUAUGGAGGGGAUGAGGUGGUGGGGGAUGCCACUACCGCACAGCUCAGGCAACUGCUACGGGAGAAGAAUGAGAAAAUCACCCUCCUCACCACGGAAUUCGACGCGCAUCGCGCGGAUUUCAGAAGUACCCUCGACAGUCUGGAGAUGGCUUCUACCGAGACCGAGAGGGUCUAUGAGGAGCAGAAGAGGGACCUCUUGGCACAGAUCCAAGCCAUGGAAGAGCAGGCAAGGGAGAUGGGAGAUUUGAACGGGAGCAGGAAGGAGUUUGAAGAGGUUGCCAAUCAGCUCAAGGGGUUGGAGGAGUUUGUGCAGGAAUUGGAGGAAGGGUUGGAAGAUGCAAGAAGAGGGGAAGCAGAGGCGAGAGGGGAGGUGGAGUUCCUGCGAGGGGAAGUGGAAAGAGGGAGGAGUGAGUUGAAGAGGGAGCGGGAAAAGGCCGCUGCAAAUGCACAUGGCAGCGGAGGCAAAGAAAUGGAAAAGAUGGAAGAUGAGAUCAAAGGAUUGAAAGCCAUUAUUCACUCCUUCUCCACCACCAGCAGUCCUCCAACAACGCCGACCAUCUCGGUGGGAGGCGCGAGACUUUCCAAACAGCUGGCAGAGAGCGAGGCGGCGAGAGCGAAACUGGAAAUCGAAAUGGAACAGCUACGAAGAGAUCUGGCCGCCCCGAAGAAUGGAACCCACUCCCGCAAUGAGAGCGCCGCUACGACUGUCCCGUCAAGACCCCGAGCGGAUACUGUGAGGAAGUCGGUUCCACCGCCACCGAUGCCAUCAAUGCCCAUGCCUGCGCCUUCCACCACGAAAUUCUGCGACAUGUGCGAAUCCUCCGAACAUGAUACGCUGGACUGCAAUACCUUUCAAGAAGCGGAAGAGAGUCUUGCAGACGAGCACUCGGUGAAUGGGGAGGUAGGAGCCGGUGCUGAAAACGCUGGCCUCGCGAUAGACUCCAACUUUCCGGGUGAUAGGCCCGCUCCAUUGAGUCCCAGUCCUAUCAAGAGUCGGCAGGGCAGCGCGGUGGAUAUCAAUGGUGAGAAGAGGAAGAGUGAGGGCAAAGAGGAAGCGGGAGCCAAGAAGGAGGAGGAACUAUGGUGUGCGCUUUGUGAAAAGGAGGGACAUUUCGCCUAUGAGUGUCCGGAUGAGCAGUAUUGA